UCCCAUGAUCCUCAGUCUCACCGUGCGCUCGUUCCACGCCAAUUAAACGUUCAGUUCCUCAGCCUAUCUGCAGUCAUCAACACUCGUACAGGAACUGAAUACUGGGAUCUAGCCAUUGCCAGCCGUAUGAAUUUCAGCUCGGACCAUGUCAGCCUGUCGCGCGACACGCUAGUUUGAUGCAGCCGUCUCUCUUCUGGCCUUUAUGAGCCAGAGCCUUCGGGGUUGAUGAUUGAUUCGAAAAAGCCUCGCAUUUUCAUCAGUACCUUUCAGCAAACUGUCAGAUCAAACGAUUUGUCGUCGGCAUGAGCGACCCAAAGCCAACCGGCGAUGAAGAUAGCACACAGAAACCUCAAACUAUUGAUCCUGUCAUCACCCCCGCUAAGUCAUCUCUAAGCAGCGAUGACCGUCCCCCAGACGACUCCGACGGCGCUCAUUCCGAAGGGGAAAGCGAUACAGAAACGGAGAAGAAGUUUACACCCGAUAAAAGGUUGCUAAAUUACGCCGAAGAUGGAAAUCUCGAAGGCGUGGAAAAGGCGCUCGACGACAACGCGAACGUUGACGCAAAAACGAACAUUGGCGAGACAGCACUUCACUUGGCAGCGAGGCACGGGUAUUACCAGCUCGCAGAGCUGCUGAUCAAACGAAGCGCCAAAAUCGAAGCCCGAGAUGAUGAUGGAUGGGUGCCGCUUUAUGGCGCUGCCAUUGAGGGAAAAGCCGAUGUCGUGAAACUUCUACUCGAAUGGGAUGCCGAUCCUAAUGCUAAGAGGCCUGACGGAUGGACGCCGCUUCUUGCAGCGCUAAGGCACAAUUUCCAGGAAAUCAUUGACUUGUUACUUGAUUGCGACGAAAUCAACGUCAGCACAGUCAAUGACGAGGGCUGCUCACCGUUGAUGAUGGCAUCUGAAUAUUCCAGCGUGGAUGUCGUUCGGUCGCUUCUAGAAAAGAAUGCCGACAUCAAUGUGCGGGAUCAGGACGGAUGGGCUCCUAUACUUACAGCAUUAAGGUAUAGGAACGAGGAUGUCAUUACCACUUUGCUUGCCCAGGAUCCCGACGUUCAUUUUCAGAAUUCCGACGAAUACACUCCAUUGUUGAUGGCCUGUCGCCACUCGACUGCAAAUGUUGUUCAACAGCUCAUCGAUCGUAAAGUAGAUGUCAACAAGACGAACAACUCCAACGAAUCAGAGCUGCAUGUGCUGGCUUACAAUGAGAACAGGACCGACAUUGGGCAAAUCACGGAAAAGCUCCUAGGAUAUGGAGCAAAUGUCUGGGCAAAAGCAAUGGACGACCAAAUGCCCCUUCAUUACGCUGGCAAGUUCGGAUGCAAAGAAAUGAUUGAGCCGUUGCUUGAUAACGGCCAACCAAUAGAUGUCCUGGACUGUGAUGAUUGGACCCCACUCCAUCUAGCCUGUAACAAUGGCUUCGGCGAUGUGGUUGAAUUGCUUUUGGAGAAAGGUGCAGACCGUGCCUUGAAAACAGGCGAUACUGGUCGCGAUGCAUUGACGUUGGCAGUUCGGUGCUAUGCGGACAUCUUCAAUGACGCUGAAAUGGACAGUGAAAAGAAAGCGAGCGAGUUGAGCGCGGCCGAAAAGGCCGUGAAGGCCCUCGCCGAGCUGGCAAAUGGAACCGAGAAAACAGCUGCAUUCCGACAAGCUGAGUGUGAGGGCAAUUUUGAAGACGUUGCGAAGGCCAUGGGUAUGAGCGAUCCGGAAACCAAAGAAAGCAUCCUUAUUUGGACGGCUGCUAGACAUGAAAAACAUCAUGAGAUCCUCAACCGACUUGACAAACCGCGUCACAAACUCCACAUUGAAGCGAAUACCCCUCUGAAACUAGCUGCUUAUCAUGGGAGAUAUGUUGUUGUUUGGUGGCUUCUGAGGACAGCUCCUCCAAGCAGCAAAGCGACCCAGGAUCGAAGGGAAGCCAAAGAAAUAGCAGAGAAGAUGAAGCUCAGGAACGCAAAAACUCCAAAACCCGCAAAGGAGAGAGAUGGAGAUAGAGGAGGAAAUGACGGUCGAAACGAUGGUCUUCGGAACCAAACCGACAAGGCCGGGUCAGGCACUGACGACCGAUAUUUCCUGACCUUGGAUAUGCUACGAGACCCUCCACCCGUGAUAGAAGCAUCAGAUUCGCACAGGUUGAAUGAGAAAUUGAAACUUGAUCCAUCGACAAAAGAAGAAAUUGAGAAGUAUGACGCGACAAUUGUUGAUUUCUACAACUCCAACGGACGAGUGGAUCUUCUUCGCCGGUCACGCAAAAUGUGGAAUGUCAUCUACAAGGGCGCCAGCACGGAGAAGGGCAAGGAAAAAGAUGGUGGUGCCGACCAGAUCAUGCAACAGGCAAGACAGACGCUGGGUAAAAUCAGCGAAGAGGCUGCAAAAGAAAAAACAUACUUGCCCGAGGAUCUUCGCAUGAGAUGGAUACACCUGCCGCUCAAUAAUGUAAGUGGUAAUUGUCUCGAUCUAUACCUUGGCAGGUAA